GUGCGGGUGACUCACGCCGGGUGCACAGUAGCUCCUACGCUUCAGCGGGUAUCUCCCCUCACUUCCCUCAACCCUUCCCACAAACUCUGGGAGGAAAACUGAGACCUCCUGGUCACCCGCCGCCGGGCGUUUUAGAAACUCCCACAAGCUCUGCCUUCCCUCACUGGUCCUCUUCAAAACCCCUCUUAGUUCUUCGCGGCUAAAGGUAAGCUCUCUCCUUACCUCUCCCUUAUCGGCCCCUCUGGAGAGGAAAGGAGAACUUAACAGUCGGGUCGCGCUAGCCUCCCGCAGCCGCCGCGUCCACCGACUGCUCCGCCCCUUCUCUUCCGCCUCCUCCAGGCUCGCGCUCCGGGCCUAGCGUGGAGCUGGAACAGAGGGCUGGCAAGGCGCGCAUGCGCACCGAGGGUGGAGCCGCUGAGCACAGAACCGGAAACUUAGAGACAAAGUUCGGAGCCCCGCCCCCGCCGCGCGCCGCUCAGUUGUCUGGCCCAGCCGACCUACGGCCCACGACCCACCGACCCACGAAUCGGCCCGGCAGUCGCUUGCACCAUGUCUGGCUCCUCCAGCGUCGCCGCUAUGAAGAAAGUGGUUCAGCAGCUCCGGCUGGAGGCCGGACUCAACCGCGUAAAAGUUUCCCAGGCAGCUGCAGACUUGAAACAAUUCUGUCUGCAAAAUGCUCAACAUGACCCUCUGCUGACUGGAGUAUCUUCAAGUACAAAUCCCUUCAGACCCCAGAAAGUCUGUUCCUUUUUGUAGAAAAAUGAAUCUUUCAAAGGUAAGUUUCCUUAAAUUAAAAACAAAAACCCACAUUGUAGGAAUAACAAGUCUUCUCUUUCUUUGCAGCACUUAAAAGAUCAUCCCAUGCCCUUUCCUUUGGCCCUCCAUUUCCAGUAUUUUUCUGUUUUGCAAGGAAAGUGAGGAUUCAUGAAACUUGCUGACUUAGUAGCCAUGAAGGCUAAUCGUUUCUAUUUUACCAUAAAGGUUAAGUAGAGGAUUUAAUAACCAUAAAGAGGGUAUAGGAGAGUUACUACAAAAUCCCACUGCUGUAACAAGCCAUGUGUCACUUUUUAGCGCACUGGCCUAAUGGCAUAUGUAUCUUGGGAGUCCCCAAGUACUAGUUUUGUUUUGUGUACCUGGCAAAUAUUUAGACAGUUUUUUAAAAAUCUGCAAUGUUUAUGGGGAUAACUUAAAGUACUACCAACUGAUUUGGAUUAACUCUUGAUGUUAUUGCUCUAACUGAACCCAGCUGUAGAGCAGUAUAGCAAAGAUUGGGAAUUGGAAGUGCAAGAGAAAGUCAGAUGUAAUUGAGUAAGCCAGUGUGGUAAAGGCGUUUGGACUGAGGUAGAACAGACUUUAUGUUUUGUUCUCGUUUGUUGGAUUAAAGAUAAAACAUGAAGGAAAUGCAGUAUAUAAGUUCUUGGUGGCAAACAGUGGACUGAAUUUCAGAGAAUUAAAAACUAAAGACGCUGUUGGCUUUAUUAAAGCAUGCUUCAGUACAUUAGUGCCUUCCAGAUCAAAUGUUAUGUGUACAAAAUGUAUGUUAGUCUAAGAGAUGUGACCAAAAACGUUUUGGAUCAUUUAAAAUGUAACUGAAGGGUGCUGCCUUUUAUAAAUUCUUAGUACUUUAGUUAGGGAAUGUACUCAUUAGUAUUGACCUAUGAGAAGCAAACUUAAACAAAUAGUACUUUUUUAAAAAAGAUGUUGUAUAUGGCACACACCCCUUACUAACAUUCUGACUCUCUAAAGUCCAGGAAGCUGCUUCCUAAAAUACCUUGUUACAUAGUUGUGCCCUCCUUAAUUAAGCUUUGUACACCUGGGAGUGUUCAGGAAGUCUGUAUAAGUACAUGUUUCCAGUAAAUACAAUGAUUGGUUAAGAUGUUUAAGUUUUUUGAAAUACCAGGGGGAAAAAAAGCCCUUUGAAAACAGGUGUCAUGUGCACAAAAAUGCACAUGAAGAAGUAAUUCAUUUUCAUAUUUAACAGUUUAUUAUAAUAUCCUUUGUUUCUGCCACUAUUCAUUUAAUUCUUCAUGGUAGUUUUUGGAAGUUUCAUAUUUUUAUGGUUUAUUAAUGUUUUUUUUAACCUCAGUUCUUGUAUUCACUUUACAGUGGUUUAUUUUCAUUUGAAUAAAAUACUGGGCAGCUGUUAAUAGUUUUACUUCCUAGGAAUCUACAGAUAAGUGUUUAAAUGAAUUGCUCAAGUUUAAAAAUACGGCUGGGGUAAGAACCCAGAAGGUAAAAUAAUGUCUAUUAAUCCCAGCAGUAUAAGAAAACAGCUUUGUGGAUAUUAAGAUUUGAAGCAGUUUGGGCUAGGAGAAGAAUAAUUGGGCAUCAAAGCAUUGCUUCUCAAGCUUGAAUAUAUGCAAAUCACUUUGUUAAAAUGCAAAUUCUAAUUCAGAAGGUCAGAGGCGAGUCCCUAGAACUUGCAUUUCUUACAACUGCCCACUUAAACUGACGCUGAUAGUACUAGACCUACACUGAGUGGCAUGAAUGUAAAGAAUCUACAUUGGAUUUCUGUAUAUAAAUAUAGCUUUUAAAAACUAUGUUCUUUGAUACUUUACCCUAACUCACCUUUUUUUUUUUCAUCUUAGGUUUCCCAAAUGACUCCUUAUGAUCCAGUGAAUAUUCAAGAGAGCUACAUUUGAAGCCUGUACAAAAGCUUAUCCCUGUAACACAUGUGCCAUAAUAUACAAACUUCUACUUUUGUCAGUCCUUAACAUCUACCUCUCUGAAUUUUCAUGAAUUUCUAUUUCACAAGGGUAAUUGUUUUAUAUACACUGGCAGCAGCAUACAAUAAAACUUAGUAUGAAACUUU